UACAUCUAGGUCCUCGCGCGUGCGUGUGCGCAUGAUAGAACAGCCGAUCCAGAAGACGUCCCUUAAUCUCAAGAAAAAAAGAUACCAGGAACUCUGCGAAUCGCAAGGUAUGUUCUGAAAAACCCUAGUUGCUCAAUCUACACUCGUCCAGUCAUCUGCUCUACAACGUAUCGUUUUUUUAUUCGCCGGAAGUAGGCCAAUUUUAUCACCCGCCCGUUAGUUCCGGUGAAGAUGAGUGUUGUCGGUUUCGAUUUCGGUAAUGAAAGCUGCAUUGUUGCCGUUGCGCGGCAACGAGGGAUAGAUGUGGUUCUUAAUGAUGAAUCGAAACGGGAGACCCCUGCUGUCGUCUGUUUCGGUGAGAAGCAGCGGUUCAUUGGAACAGCUGGAGCUGCCUCAACUAUGAUGAACCCCAAAAACUCAAUAUCCCAGAUAAAGCGAUUGAUUGGCCGUCAAUUCUCUGAUCCUGAACUUCAACAGGACCUUAAGGCCCUUCCUUUUACUGUCACUGAAGGGCCUGAUGGGUAUCCACUAAUCCAUGCGCGAUAUUUAGGGGAAUCUAGGGUUUUUACACCCACACAGCUUCUAGGAAUGGUGCUCUCAGACUUGAAGAGCAUAGCGGAGAAGAAUCUGAAUGCAGCAGUUGUGGAUUGUUGUAUCGGGAUCCCAGUUUAUUUCACGGAUCUUCAAAGAAGAGCUGUCUUGGAUGCAGCUACAAUUGCUGGUUUGCAUCCUCUCCGGUUGAUUCACGAAACAACUGCCACAGCUUUAGCCUAUGGGAUUUACAAGACGGAUUUACCUGAGAACGAUCAAUUAAAUGUUGCUUUUGUUGACAUUGGUCAUGCAAGCAUGCAAGUAUGCAUUGCAGGCUUCAAAAAAGGCCAGCUGAAAAUCUUGUCUCAUGCCUUUGAUAGAUCUCUUGGUGGCAGAGAUUUUGACGAAGUUCUGUUCCAGCACUUUGCAGCGAAGUUCAAGGAAGAAUACAAGAUUGAUGUGUUCCAGAAUUCACGGGCUUCCCUUAGACUCCGUGCUGCUUGUGAGAAGUUAAAGAAGGUGCUUAGUGCAAAUCCGGAAGCACCUUUGAAUAUUGAAUGCUUAAUGGAUGAGAAAGAUGUCAGGGGGUUCAUCAAAAGAGAGGAAUUUGAGAAGAUCAGUGUUCCAAUCUUGGAGCGUGUUAAAGGGCCUUUAGAGAAGGCGCUGUCAGAAGCUGGGCUCACUGCUGAGAACAUCCAUGCAGUUGAGGUUGUUGGUUCAGGCUCUCGUGUUCCAGCCAUCAUUAGGAUAUUGACUGAGGUCUUUGGAAAGGAACCUAGACGCACCAUGAAUGCUAGUGAGUGUGUAGCCCGAGGCUGUGCUCUUCAAUGUGCUAUUCUUAGUCCCACUUUUAAAGUGCGUGAGUUCCAGGUAAAUGAGAGCUUCCCUUUCCCAAUUGCAUUGUCUUGGAAGGGUUCAGCUCCAGAUGCCCAGAAUGGUGCAGUGGAUCAACAACAGAGCACCAUUGUCUUCCCAAAGGGAAAUCCAUUUCCUAGUGUCAAGGCUUUGACAUUCUACAGGUCAGGCACAUUCACGGUUGAUGUCCAUUAUCCUGAUGUGAGUGAAUUAAAAGCGCUUGCGAAGAUCAGUACCUAUACGAUUGGUCCAUUCCAAUCUGCAAAAGGUGAACGUGCAAAGCUGAAGGUGAAAAUUCGCUUGAAUCUUCAUGGCAUUGUAUCUGUCGAGUCUGCAACCCUACUGGAAGAAGAAGAAGUUGAAGUUCCAGUUGUAAAGGAGCCACUUAAAGAAGCUGCAAAGAUGGAAACUGAUGAGGUCCCAAGUGAUGCAGCCCCCACUGGUACUGGAGAAAAUGAUGUAAACAUGCAAGAUGCCAAGGAUGCCACUAAUGCUUCAGGGGUGGAAAACGGAGCUCCUGAGUCUGGAGACAAGCCUGUGCAGAUGGAAACAGAUGCAAAGGUUGAAGCUCCAAAGAAGAAGGUGAAGAAAACAAAUGUCCCAGUUGCAGAGCUUGUUUAUGGUGGAAUGGUACCAGCAGAUGUACAGAAAGCUGUGGAGAAGGAGUUUGAAAUGGCUUUGCAAGAUCGGGUCAUGGAAGAAACAAAGGACAAAAAGAAUGCUGUGGAAGCGUACGUUUAUGAUAUGAGGAAUAAGCUCAAUGACAAAUAUCAUGAGUUUGUAACUGCAUCAGAAAGGGAGGAUUUCACUGCUAAGCUUCAGGAGGUGGAGGAUUGGUUAUACGAGGAUGGGGAAGAUGAAACAAAAGGCGUAUAUAUUGCCAAGCUUGAGGAGCUCAAAAAGCAAGGUGACCCUAUCGAGGAAAGAUAUAAGGAGAGCUCUGAACGGGGACCAGCAAUUGACCAACUUGUCUAUUGUAUCAAUAGUUACAGAGAAGCAGCACUGUCAAAUGAUCCCAAAUUCGAUCACAUUGACAUGGCGGAAAAGCAGAAGGUCAUAAAUGAAUGUGUGGAAGCUGAGGCAUGGUUGAGAGAUAAGAAGCAGCAGCAGGAUGGGUUGCCCAAAUAUGCUCCUCCAGUUCUGCUGUCAGCUGAUGUGAAAAAGAAGGCAGAGACAGUCGACAGGUUUUGCAGGCCUAUAAUGACGAAGCCUAAGCCAGCACCCGCUAAGCCUCAGACUCCUACGGAAACACCAUCUCCAGCUAAGGGGACUGAGAGCCAGCCCCAAAGUAAUGACAACGUCAAUGAAAAUCCUGCAGAAGGUAGUGCUGAGGCAACACCAGCUGCCUCUGAGCCGAUGGAGACUGAUAAACCCGAGGGUGCACCAAAUCCAGCAUAAGAUGGUUAUGAAAAUCGUGGGAUUUGUGCUAUGUUUUCUUCCCACCUCAGUAUUGGUCUAAAAUUGUAAUAUCAAUUUAUAUUUUGAGCCUGAUUUAUGGCUGCGGUUGAAGGAGUGAGGUUAUAGUUGAUUUAUAGGUCUUUGCUUCUUUUUUUUUUUCUAAUGUGUACCACCACCUUUGAUUGGUGGGCUACUCAUAUUAUUGGGGAGGUCUCUAGAAUCCAGUGUUUUUUUCUUAAAGGGGUUUCAAGAGAAGCUAUUGAACUUUUUCUUCUCUCUUUCUCUCUCUACAACUCGAUACAUUUUUGAA